CAUACCCAUCUUAUAACCAGAGAACAUUAGACAGUAAAAAUAUUUUUCAGUGAAUAAUUGUGUUUGCUAUUGUCUAUUAUGGUAGCUGUCGGUUUUCUGUCAAUAUUAUAUCCAUCGGCUAUUUAUAAGGUAUUAACUACAUUUAUACACUUAUGGUAAUACGAUUAGGUACAUUUUGGUAUAGGGUUACAGAUUAUCUGUGAUAUAGGUAUAAAAUAGUACACAAAAAUUUUUAUAGUACCUAGCUAUAAUAAUAUCGUAGUAUUAUUUCUUACAAGUGUUUUAUAUAGUCGCUUCGUAAGUCAAUUUGAAAGCGUUUUAUUAUAAUAUGGGUAAAUAUCUAACCAGUAUAUCACUAGCUAUUGUAUAACAUUUUAUGUAAUCUGAGAGUAUAAAUGAUGAUAGCCAGACAACUAGCUGUUAAUAAUAAUAAAAAACAAAAACUAAAAUAAUAUACAUAUUAUUAUUAGGUAGUUUAUUGUUGUCGAGUUUAGGUGGUGCAUUGACUCGACGGCGUUAGUGGCUAGUGGACGUUGAUUAUAUUAACUUACCAUAUGUAUUACGACUGUUACAUACAUUCUGUAUCUAAUAGGUACUCUAAAGUAUAAAUCUUAAUAUUCAAUUAACUGCGAGCGUUGCCACAUGACACACUUAUAUAGUUUAUUGUGAUUUUCAAUCAAAUAAUAUGCAUCAUAAUAAUUUAAUUGCCAAUUCAUUCGUUAUUUGUUUUAUUCUCCUAUUCUCCGUAUCACAAUCGUUCAACCAAGAGGUGGGACCAAUUGUAAAAAUGACCAAUGGACAAGUGUGGCCGAAACCUGUGCUGCAACACAUCUACGAUGAAUACUUAACAUUUGAACCAGAAAAUUUUCAUUUCAAUAUAACAGGUUAUAGUUGUGACGAUCUUCAGGAUGCAUUUAAAAGGUAUAAUUCUAUGUUGUUUUUAAAAGCCACGAAAACAUUUAAGCAAAACACUAGUUUAUCUACGGACUUUAUCGUUGGCAAGAUGGGAGUGCUCAAUGUGCAGAUGACAAAUCCCUGUGAAAAUUAUCCUUCGUUGAAUAUGGAUGAAAAAUAUGAAAUCAAAAUAAAUAAUUUCAGUGGACUUUUACUUGCAUCGUCUAUUUGGGGUAUUCUCAGAGGUCUAGAAACUUUUUCUCAAAUGGUCUAUUUGGAAACGGACGGUUCGAAGUUUGUAAUUCGGCGCACGUCAAUAGUGGACUAUCCAAAAUUCAGGCAUCGUGGAUUUCUAUUAGAUACGUCUCGCCAUUAUUUCCCCAUCGAGUCAAUAACGAAAACUCUAGACGCCAUGUCGUAUUCAAAAAUGAAUGUGUUUCACUGGCACAUGGUGGACGACAACAGCUUCCCGUAUCAGAGCAGUGCUUUUCCAAAUCUGAGCGAAAGAGGAGCUUUCGGGAAAUCGGCCAUUUAUACGAAAGAUGACGUCAAACGUGUGAUCGAAUACGCAAAACUUCGCGGUAUUCGUGUUAUUCCAGAAUUCGACACCCCAGGACAUAUGUUAUCUUGGGGACUCGGCGGCAUUCCGGGACUACUAAUUGAGUAUUUUGGGACUAUCGACCCGACGGUCGAAGAAAACUACAAUUUUAUCAGGACACUAUUGUCGGAAGUCAGUGAAUUAUUCCAAGACAAUUACUUACACCUCGGUGGUGAUGAAGUAAAUAGUUCGUGUUGGUAAUGACA